AUGGUAUAUGGGACAAUUCCGCGGUUGCCGAGCGAUUUUCUGGAGCAAGGUAAUAAUGACAAAAUUCCAGAACAUGAAUUCGUGGAAAAUAUGAGACAGAUGAUGUCCCAGAUACGUCCAGUUCCCACAUCACACCACUCAAAAGAAAAGGUAUUUUUACAGAAGGAACUGCAACAUGCUUCUUAUGUUUUUUUGAGGGAUGGUAGUCCAUCAUUAAAAACACCGUAUGACGAGUCAUUUAAGGUUGUGAGGCGUUCAGACAGGACGUAUGAUAUACUAAUCAAAGGCAAACCGGUGUGGGUGAGUGUUGACCGAGUAAAGGCAGCAUUUUUAUCAAGCGACUAUGAAGACGUAAACCUAUCACGUAGAGAAACUAUGACGGGUAAUCGAAUGGAUACCAAACCCAAUAAUGUAACACGAAGGGGACGAUUAGUGCGCAUUCCAAGAAGAUACGUUAAAUUUGACUUAACGUGA